AUGCUGCAGCGAUACGAGCUGCAGAAUGUUCCAGAUGGGUGGAUGCGACAGUCUGGUCCGGCAACAUCAACCCCAACGAAAUUCUGGUUGGCGAUGCGCAGGUCCAACGUCUCUCAGUUUGAGGAGCAGGUGAUAGCGCGGUCAACUCCUGGCCAUCCUGAAUAUGGCCGCCAUCUAACCAGAGAGGAGCUCCGGGCGUCUAUGCGCCCUUCGGAGGAGGCUGCUGCCAAAGUCCGUUCAUGGUUAGAAUGGGAACAUGUGCCGGCCGAGUCCAUCGAAGAUCGAGGCGACUGGCUUGCGUUCACUAUUCCAUUAUCGCAGGCCGAGUCAAUGAUGAAAACGCAAUUCAACUAUUUCUACCAGCCUAGGACACAGACAACAACAAUCCGAACGCUCGCAUACUCCGUCCCAGAGGAUGUUCGUCCGUUUGUCAAGCUUAUUCAGCCUACAACACGGUUCGGAUCUCCCCAAGCCCAGGACAGUCCGGAAACCUUUGUGCCUGUUGCGCUCACUGCAGAAGACCUCGCUGGCAAUUGCUCGAGGACAGUGACUCCCGCUUGUCUGCGCCAGCUCUAUGGGAUCAAUGAUACCGAGAUAACACCCGACCCACGCAACCGGCUGGGUGUCUCGGGCUUCUUGGAGGAAUAUGCACGGUAUGACGAUCUGGAGCAAUUCCUUGCAGAAUAUGCUCCGAAUCAGGCCGAUGCCAAAUUCUCCGUCGUGUCCAUCAAUGGUGGGCGCAACCUACAGUACUCGCUCAGUCCGUCUAGUGAGGCCGCCCUUGACAUCCAAUACGCUCUAUCACUGUCCUACCACGCGUCUGCUGUGUACUAUACUACCGCAGGGCGUGGGCCGAUGGUGCAAGAGUCCGGGAUGCUGACUAUAGCUGACUCAACGAAUGAGCCCUAUCUCGAGCAACUGCACUACCUCCUUGACCUCCCUGACAAAGAUCUCCCGGCGGUUCUUAGCACGUCCUACGGGGAAGAAGAGCCAUUUGUACCCGCGGCAUACGCAGAGGCUGUCUGCAACCUCUUUGCGCAGUUGGGGGCCCGGGGAGUAUCUGUCAUCUUCAGCAGUGGUGAUUGGGGGCCUGGAGAUACAUGUAUGACCCAUGAUGGUACACGUCGGACUCGGUUCCAGCCCGUCUUCCCAGCGUCGUGUCCGUUUGUCACGUCGGUGGGCGGUACGGAAGGGAUGGAACCCGAGUCUGCCAUAUCUUUCUCAGGAGGCGGCUUCUCGGAUAUCUUCGCUCGACCCUCCUAUCAGGAUGCGGAUGUCACGAGCUAUUUGCAAAGCCUGGGGAACAUCUAUGAAGGGCUUUACAAUCCACUGGGACGCGGCAUCCCUGAUGUCUCCACCCAGGCCAAUAAUUUUGUGCUUCGGGAUCAUGGUGAGUGGAUGAAGACUGGGGGUACCAGUGCUGCGGCGCCUGUCUUUGCCGCCAUAAUCUCUCGACUGAAUGCAGCGCGUCUGGAGCAAGGCAAGUCCACACUGGGCUUCUUGAACCCAUGGCUAUACUCUCUCAAACAGAGGGGAUUUACGGAUAUCGUCGAUGGAGGAUCAGUUGGCUGUGACAAACCCACUGGAGCGCAAGUUCCGUAUGCCGGGUGGAAUGCGACUCCAGGCUGGGACCCCGUGACGGGGUUGGGAACACCAUACUAUGAGACUCUAUUGGAGCUUGCAUUGGAAGCUUAGUUACAC